GGUUUUCUUACGCUCUCCGAGCUAUUAAAGGGUAAAUUACGUCGUGGGCGUAGCGGCUUCUUGUAAUGGCGACCGUGCCGUAGAUGUGCCUAGGUUUGUGAAAAUGAAGCGAAGAAGAAGUUAUUUCUUUUAAGUAAAACGACGAGGUUCCCCGGAGGAGGACUUUGCGUCUAAAAGCAUCAUCUUUAUCAGUGGUAAACUUAGCUGUACUUUUAUGCCCUUUGAAAUGAUGAAGCUCAAGUCAAACCAAACCCGGACGUACGACGGGGAUGGCUACAAGAAGCGGGCCGCCUGUCUGUGUUUCAGGAGCGAGACUGAGGAGGAGGUGCUGCUGGUGAGCAGUAGUCGACAUCCUGACAAGUGGAUAGUUCCUGGAGGGGGAAUGGAGCCCGAGGAGGAGCCCAGUGUUGCUGCAGCUCGAGAAGUGUGUGAAGAGGCCGGUGUGAAGGGGACUUUAGGUCGCUUAGUUGGAGUAUUUGAGAACCAAGAGAGGAAACACAGAACCUACGUCUAUGUUCUUAUUGUAACAGAGUUGCUGGAGGACUGGGAGGACUCGGUCAACAUUGGGAGAAAAAGGGAAUGGUUUAAAAUAGACGAUGCCAUGCAAGUGUUGCAGUGUCACAAGCCUGUGCAGGCCACCUACUUCGAGGCUCUCCAGGAGAGUUGCCCGACCAGUAAUGGAACACCUUUGGUGGCAACGAUAGGCGGGGACCUUUCCCCUACCUACAGCAUCAAUCAGAGCUCCGUCUCGGGUAUCAGAUAACUAAAACUCUGACACCUCCGGGAGUUUUCGCCACCACUUGCGCUCUUACUUAUGUCAUUUCUCUUCUCUGUUCUGUUCUCUUCUGUCUAAAUAACAUGGUUUGCCUUGCCAACUCCUUUGUGCCAGAACUGUGGCGCAGACCUGAUGACAAGUGUUGGGUGAAUAGUCUGAAACACUUUGUAAAUGUAAUUUUCGACCCCUAUUUUUUUUUUUUUAUUUUCUUUGUACUGACAACUGCAUGAAAUGUCUCCUCGCUCCCCUCAUUCUCUUUCCUUAAUGCGCCCUUAGCGUGGUGUUUAUUGAAUGCAAGAACUACUUUUUACUGUUGUAAUGUAAAAAUGUAUACUUAGUGCUUACGCUGAAGGCUUUUGGUGGUCUUCUUAAAGUCUCCUCCAUUUUUUUUUUUUUUUUUUUUUUCCCAGUUAUUUCUCUGUGAACGAAUGUGCCCAUUAGUGUACUCUCUCCCCUGUUAAAGUGAUGGUUCGGAGUAAUUUACCAUAGGGUCCUUUGCAUCAUGACCUCGAGCCAAACA